AUGCUGGAGUCGGUGCGGAAAGCGAUAGCCGAUGGUGUUCCGGUGUACGCCGAGUGCGGCGGACUGAUGUAUCUGGGACGCAGUUUGUCCGACCUGGACGGGCAACAAUUCCCCAUGGUGGGCGCGAUCCCGGUGGUGUCAUCGAUGGACGGGCGGCGGCUGCACCUGGGCUACCGGGAGGUAGCGGCCUGCGGCGACGGGCCAUUGUUGCGUUCGGGCGAGCAGGUGCGUGGCCACGAGUUCCACUGGUCGGUAUUGCAGGAACCGCCGGAUGCCUCCAGCGCGGCCUAUCAGGUGGUGAACCAGGAUGGGCGGCCAGAGGGGUUUCGGGUGGGUAGCGUUUGGGCGUCGUACAUCCACGUGCACCUGGGGAGCCGGCCCGGUCUCGCGCAGCGAUUCGUGGACACGUGUGCGGCAGCUCGUUCGCGCCGGUAA